CGUCCGUGCAGGGUCGCCCUAAACCCUCAACAUCUGUGGACCGUGAACAAAAAGCGGCGUGCCAACAUGGGCUGCUGCAACAACAAGGAACUCUACAUCGUGUGUUCCUGGGAUUGGGACGAAGGUGAGCUCCUGGCCAGCGAGUUGAGAAACCGCAGCUCGCAGCCGGAGGAGAAGCCCGGUUAUCAGUCGGCUGCAG